GAAGUUUCGGGUUGUGUUUGUGUUGACCUUGUAUUGGACGGCAAAACGAAACUCUCGCUGUUUUCUUGUGUUAUUCGUCUCCCGUAUUUAGGUCCAUCAAACAAUGUCGUUGUCAGAGGCGGUUGGCCUACUGCGCCAAGUGUACACGUGCCCUCGUAAUGAGGAUCGACGAGGCGCCACUCUUCACCUCCUGAGAUGGGAAAAAACGCUGUCUGCAGCUGAUGCUGUGCAGAUCGGGCUCGGGCUUCUCAAAUCGGCAAACGAAGGACUAGCAGUUCAGGCGUAUGGGGCAGUGCUGUUGCGGCAUGGGUUGCACGCACGCCUGAUCCGGCCAACAGAACUGCCUUUCAUGGAUUUACUCGCGUGGUACUGCAACGAGCCUACCUUGGCCCCGCUGCUGCGCAGCGACUUGGUGGAGCUGAUCAUCGAAUGCGUGAUCUACUCCGAGCACGAUGUGGUGGACCGGGUGUUGACCAUGCUGUGCAGCGAAAGCGACACGCAGCCUCGCAGGAUGCUUCUGCUGAGCGAUCUGACUGUUGCGUUAAUCGACCCCGACUUCGAUCGCGUGCCGCGUCAGUCGAUUGGCACGCUGAAGCGCUCCGUGACGAAGCGCGGCGGUGACCUACUGCACGCCGCGACGAUGGCUCUCUACGCCUACUACAUGGCCGCAGGAGGCGAGCACUCCACCGCGCUUGCACCGAACACUGAAAGCAGCGUAGAGGCUGCUUUUCUCCUCGUUGCCACACUGGCACCCCAGCUGCCUUUUCCAAUUUGGCAGGAGCAUAAUUUGGCGGCGACACUGGAGGUGCUGCUGCGCUGGGUACCAGCGCAACGACAGGCCAUCACCUGCGCUACGGGGCUACUUCGCUCGUACUCUGUCACAGAGGCAAAAAAGGCAGCAAUGCUUCAGGUGCUGCUGAGGAUCGUGCUGGGCAAGAUCCCCACGCUUGUAGCAGAUCACGACAUUGCAGCUUUGGACGACGUGCUUGAUCUCCUGCUCGACUUACCAAGGGAGUUUACGCAGCUGGAGGGAGUGUUGAUGGUGCAGAACAUCAUGACCGCCUUCAACCUGCCCAGCAUCCAGUUUGCGCAACAGGUCGUGCAGCUAAUGGAGAGACUGGACGAGAACACCUAUCUCCAAGUAGACCCAGUUAGUAUCUACAGUGGCUUGCGCCUGCUGCUGCCGAAGAACCUUUGCCACCCAACGCACGGCUCAAACCAAGAAGGGAAGGAGCUCUCGCAAGAACAGUUUGGCUUCGACCGCCUCUUUGAAGACGUCUUUGCCGACUUCCGACGCAGCGCAAGCAAAGUGCUGACGCUCCUCGCACGGCUCUACCCGGAGCGAACAAACCAGUUUUUGUUGAACUUACUCUCCGAGCUGCCUGACUCUCGGGGAACGCCAGAAGAUCCGCGGACACUCAACGGCUUUGUGCAGCAGAGCAGCCUGACUUUUGUGUACUGGGAGGCAACGCAGUUUAUGAUGGAGUGCUUAUCGAUGGCGUUCGAGUAUUCUUCUAUCGGCGUGAACGCGUGCGUGUCGACCCUGCUGACGCGCGAGCCAUCGGACGCGGUGCUGCUGCCGCUUUUCCUCAACAUGAUUUCAUACUUUUGGAAGGCGCGCGAUGAUCAGGAGUUAAACGUGUGGGAGGGCACCAUCACCAUUCUGUUCAACUGCAUCAACGAUGAGGCGACGCGGCGAAUGGACGACUUGGACGUGUUGGCCGCACGACGCCGGGCUCAUACGCUGCUGGUGCAGCUCUGCGUCGAGCACAGCCGUCGCUUCCUGCCCCUUGUUCAUCCAAUCAUGAAGAGGAUGGAGCCGAUGCUGGUCCAUUCCCAUGGGAUGGAACGUUCCUUGCUGUACGAGGCGCUGAUCGCACUCACCGCCAUUCUGUCGCCACACGAGUCAGACGCCUACCUGCAAACCAUCAUCAACCCACUGGUGGACAUGCUCAGCGCUAGUCCAGCGCUGGCUGAGCAGAACGCCUUCAAUCGCACCAUUUGCGCUGCCACCCCAGACGACAAGGACAAUCGCGGUGUGAUUCAAGGCUGCCUCAACACGCUUGCGGCCGUCUUUCGUCGUUGCCAGAUGACACCGUAUGUUGUCGAGAAGGCCACGCAGCUCUUUCCGGUUGUGGGGCGUCUGCUCGUGUGUGUUCACAGCAUCGAGCCAAGCGCCCUGCCACCCGAGUUCCGUGGUAUUGUGGAGCAGGAGAGGGGAGAGAAAGAUCUCUACCUACCUGGCAAUCAACGAAAGAGUGAGGCGCACCUGACAGGACCGGUGCGAUCUGCACGAGGGGUUUUGAUGAACCUUCGGAUCGCAGUGUAUCAAGUGUUCGGCUGCUUGAGCCCGAUCCUGCCAGCAGAGCAGUUUGCCGGCAUCAUUAACGCGCUCAUGACGACAUCCGCACUACCGACGCAUGUGGAGCGAUCGUUGUCGGAAAAGUGCUUGCUGCCCAUCGGAAAGGAGCAUCCAGCACUGCUUAUUUACGUUCUCCAGCUCUUGCAUCGCUUCUUUGUGCAGCGCACCGAGCAGCUUCGGCAGCAGCAGGCAACGAGCAGCAACCAGCGCAACGCGAGGGACGAGGUGGCGGAGUCGAAACAGUGGCUCUACUUCGCCAAAGACAUUCUAACCUUCCUGCGGAACAACGUCCUCGACUCGAAAGUGUGGCAGCGGGACAAGAACCUUUUGAUGGCUGCCGCCGAUCUUGCCGUCAGCGUUUUCGAAAGCGGUUCCGACACUCGCACCGCCGAGCGCUUCCUUAUCUCGCUCGUCAACCUCAACGCGGAUACAUCAACUGCGCCUGAUGUGCAAGCCACGCUGUCUGAGGUGCGGGUAAUGGUCUACGCCCGGCUUGUGUCCUACGUAACGCAGGCGCCGGCUGGGGAGCUGCCGCCUGGUGCGCGGGAUCAAAUGGCAUACGGGAUUAGCGAGCCUUACAUGAAGCUUUUUCCGAAUUUGGCGCCAUCUUUGACGUUGGCCGGCAUCUCGCAGGAGCAGCAGGAGACGCUGAAUGCGCAUCUCUUGAUAGUGAGCAACUUUUCCGCUCAGCGACGCAAGGUGAAGGAUUUUUUGUUGGGCAUCGCCGCCGCCAAUUUGACUCCACAAGAGAGAAGCUAA